AUGUUGCUCAAAGACUCUAACCCCGACGAGGGUGACAGCGCCAGCCAUGUGCCCGCAUCAUCAGGCACCACGUUGCUGCCACGCCCUGUAGCGUCGCUCAUCUCGCUGCUGACGCAAUCGACAUCGCUCUCGCUGCGCCUAGGGACAUUUGUCGGUGGUUUCGCGUUAGAUAGCGCGCGUACAACCACGCUGACAAGCCUGGAGUUGAGCCGAGCGGUCAUCGAGGGCAUCCUGACUAGGGCUGGGCGUGACGUAGCCGCGCGCUGCGGCGAUGAGCAUGGCCGCGCCGAGGCGGAAUCGCUUCUAGAACGCAGUCUGGCGACACUCCACACGACCGUUACCUCCGCAUCGUUCUUCGCUGCGGCGACCUUCCACUUCUCGUCGACCACGUUGUCUUCCGUCGUCAAUUUCUCACAGGCGCUGCUAUCGACGCUCGACGCUAUUCUCGGGUCCACAGAGUCCUCCAGGGCUAUCGCGGCCAUUAUCACGCUCAUCCGGCGCGAGUUUAGGUCCGUCGAACCAGGCGCCAGUGCUGAGAAGAUUGGCGUGAGUGAUCUCUUGAUCGGCACCAUUGGGUUUGCGCUCUUGCAGCGCUGGGGCAAGAAGAAUACAGAGCGACGUCUCCGCGAGAACGGCGGAGAUGAGAUCAUCUGGGACGUCGUCAUUCUGGACAAUGGCGCACGAGCCGAUGUCGUGGGGACACACCAGGUGCAGCUCGCAGAUACGAGACAUGACGAAUUACCUCCAGAGCCCUCCAGCGCCGCUUCCUUCGUUAUGCCGGGGAAAGGCGACGAGCCCUUUGGUGCCGUACACCGUCGAUCCAGCAUAGCUGAGAGCAUUGGCGGAAAGCGUCUAUCAUUCCCCUUGGACGGCCAACAGCCGGCAUCAGAUGAGGACAUCCGCGCAUACGUGAUGAGCCAGCUCCCUGCUGGAUGCCAUGCCUCUGUGAGGUCUGAAGUGCUGACUGCGCGAACUAUCACGGUGGAUAUCUUCGACGACGACAUGGCGGAAAUCGCUGCGCCGCCUGGGACCACGAUGAUCGAGGAGAGGUUCCACAAUGAUGAUGGGUAUGCCAACACCAAUACACCGGAGUACCAGCGGCUUCCGAAACAUACCAUGGUCUUCCGGACGGCAUUCAAUAGAUCCCAAAGUACACAGCUACGCCCAUACGAUGCCAACCCGUCACAGUAUGAGCCUGGUCCGAAAGCACUUCCCCCAGGAAAUCAGCACACAAUAACACGGCCUCCUCCUGCGGUAUCAAACGGAACACCACAGGGGGUGCGCAACCAAGUUUCUCCCGAAGCAGCGCCAACGAAUGCCAAAUCCGCCAAGAGCUCGUUCACCAAAUUCGCACAGAGGGUCAAACCAGCAGAGAAGAACGAGGGUCCCAAACGGCCGCCACCAUUGAAAAAACCGCCCAAACCCUCCGAAUCCUCUCGAACUACCAGCUCCCGCCCAACUACACGGCCUGUAAAGGGGGCGGGCGCGGUGAAAGAAGCCACUGCGCGCGAGCCUGGCUCCAGACCCGAGCCUCGACGACCAUCUACACCAGCGCCCAAUCGAGGUCUCCCCAGGACACCGCUGCCUCAUCCCUCUCCGAGGCAGACUCAUUCUCCACAACAGGCACAGACCAGACACGCUCCGUCGCGUGAUGCGCAUCACCGCGGAAAUAUCAGGCCCAAUUACUAUGCCAUGCGGGAGCGAAGCCAAGAAUCACUCGUCACUCAGACAGACACGUACUCACGCCGGACAGAUCGACCUCCUGGCUCGCCUGCCACGACUCGAAAGCACGUUCGCAGCAGCAGCUCCAUGUCCGUGGCGCGGUCCGAGGCGGACACUACCGUCUCUGCGACAGAUUACCGGCCCAGCUCAUCGGCGCUGCACAGCAGAUCGCACUCUUACACGCCUAGCAUGUACUCCCUGGCAACGGCGGGAUCCGAAACAUCGCUGGUACUUGCACAUCGGCCGCGCAAGAGCGCGUACGAGGAUAUGGAGACUAUCCACGCGCUCAAUCGCGACGGCUAUGUGCCUGGUAUCUUUCCCGAACGGCAUUUCGUGCAGAAUAUCCGCCGUUUCUGUCGGUUUUCGUCGGCUUCAUAUGGGUCGAAUGCGUUGAAGGUUAUGGGUGUCCCGAAAGGCAGCACCAAGAGCCUACCUCCUCCACCUGCACCUUCGUCAUCUGAGCCUUCCGAUACCCACGAGCACAGCGCUUUCUCGGAUCAUGCCGGUCUCCCCCCAUCGACAAUCCUACUAUCAUCCUUCGUCGAUCCCGCCGGCGGCUCCAACGCAGCCGGCGAAACAGAAACAGGCUUCCCACUCGUCCACUACCUCUGCAUAGACCACGAGUCAAAGGCCGUGGUGCUAACGCUUCGCGGCACGUGGGGUUUCGAGGACAUCCUCACAGACAUGACAUGCGACUACGACGAGCUUGACUGGCAAGGCAGGACUUGGAAAGUGCACAAGGGCAUGCACGCGUCCGCCCGCCGGCUGCUUGAGGGCGGCGGCGCGCGCGUUAUGAUCACCCUCCGCGCUGCGCUCGAGGAAUUCCCGAACUACGGCGUCGUGCUGUGCGGCCACUCGCUCGGCGGCGGUGUUGCUGCCCUUUUGGCUACUAUGAUCUCCAAGCCUAACACCGCUAUCGGCGGGACGUCAUUCGUCACGGCUUCGUACGAAGCUGCACGCGGACCACCGCUCUUAGCACCCGAUGACUCUCCGUCGUCGCCGCCGAAUGCGAACGCCCCAUCCUACUCCCUGCCCCCCAACCGCCCAAUCCACGUCUACGCCUACGGCCCACCAGCCGUGAUGUCCCCCUUCCUCCGCCUCGCAACACGCGGCCUAAUCACAACAAUAGUAAACGGCGCCGACUCCGUCCCGAGUCUCUCCCUAGGGAUCGUGCACGACAUGCACAGCGCGGCAAUGUCCUUCAAAAGCGGCAACGUGUCCGGCGCACGCACGCACGUGAGCCAGCGGCUGCGCGAAAGUCUGCGCCAAAGCAUCGUCCACAAAUUCUACGUUAACCAGCCGCCGCUGGUGAUCAAUGCCGGCGAGGGCGUUGGCGAGGAUGCGUGGGCGUGGAAGACGCUGCAGUUGCUGCGUGACCAGAUGACUGCGCCGAAACUUGUUCCCCCCGGGGAGGUCUUUGUUGUGCAGACUAUGCGUGUUCUCCAGCGCGAUGCUUUCGUGGAGAACUCCUCCUUCUCGGAGGCCGGGGUAUCCGAUGCGUAUCCGCGUCUGGGGCGCCCGGCAACGAGGGUGCAGAUGCGGUUUGUCCGCGAUGUCGAGGCUUGGUUUGGUGAGUUGCGCUUUUCGGCGGGGAUGCUGAGUGACCAUAACCCGGCGAGGUAUGAGACUAGUCUGGCGGCGGUGUCGAGGGGGGUCAUUGAUGAGUGA